CUUCAGUUAUCUAGUCAGAGUGAAGUCAUCACAAGAGUCGUUCAGAGACUGUGUGAAAAAAGAAAGAAGAAUGUCCUCGCAUACGGAUAUUCCUUACUGGAUGAAAACAGUUCUCAUUUCCAAAUCAUGCCGUCUUCAAGUAUAUACAGUUACCUACCCAAUACUGCAACAGAAACUAUUCGUAUCAGCGGCCUCUGGGAAACACUGCUGAGCAGGAUAGGGGAUGAUGUGAUGAUGUAUUUAUUGGAACACUGUGCAAUCUUUAUGCUGGUUCCACCUAGUAAUUGUUACCAAGUUUGUGGGCAACCAGUUUAUGAACUUAUUUCACAUAAUGUAGACUCAUCCCCAGUGUUUGUUAAACAAAGGUUUUCAAAGCAUAAACGUAGUAGUUUGCUUGACUAUAUGCAAAAAAGGCUUAUGUUUCAUAGACAGUAUCUUUCAAAGUCACAUUGGUGGAAAUGCAGACAAAGACUUGAAGCUAAUGUCUCCAACAUGGAAAAUAAAAAAAAUAACAAGAUACAAAGCUUGGUGUCCAGUUACCAGUAUUCUGCAAAAGCUGUUUCUAAAGCAAACAAACAGAUCAGAAUGGUUACCGAACAUCUGGAAAAACAGAGUAGCUCCAGUUUAUAUUUGUCAGCUAUGGCACCAUCUUUAAAAAGGAAGCUUGAUAGGGAACAACUUGAAAUUCCAGCUAAGAGAGCAAAAGUAGAGGACAAAGUGAGAGAGGAAAAGGCUUGUAAUCUCAUUCCUGAUGUAAACAGAAGUAGUUUCAAGAGAUAUGGAACUGGGUAUGUAGCAUCGCAUUCUGUAAGUCUCAUUAAAAAAAAGCACAUUUCUCAAAGAAGUAACAGUGAUAUGUCUGGUCCUUCUUUAGUUCGCACAUCUCGUGAUGGGAAGAAGUUUGUGGCAGGUGAAAGCUCUUUUCUGCGAGGAGUUCAGAGUAACAAACGGUUAAAGUCCAGCAUUGAAAUGCAAGCAGAAUCCCAUAGGAAAGGAGUAGAGAUGCGUAUGUAUGAAUCUCAGUUGGAUUCUGUACAAAUCAAACCCGUGGAGGGUAUUUCUUCAAAAUGCAGAAGGCGGGAAAGUCCCCUAGCUCAUUUGGCAAAGAAGUUACCAAAUACGCUCUUGCGUUCUGCAGUGUACGUUGACAGGAAGUUUCUUCUGUAUUCUGGCAGGAGUUGCCAAGAAUGUUUUCCUAAAUCGUUUUUACUGAAUCGCUUGCAGGGCUGUCAGGCAGGUGGAAGACAGCUUAUAGAAACUAUAUUCUUAAGCCAAAAUCUGUUGGAGCAAAAGCCCAGCCAAAGUCUGCCACAUCACAACUGGAGAAAGAAGAGAUUGCCCAAACGCUACUGGCAAAUGAGACAUACGUUUCAGAAACUGUUAAAGAACCACGGAAAGUGCCCUUACUUAGUUCUCUUGAAAAAAAAUUGCCCUGUUUGGAUAUCUGAAAUGAGUGUGAGAAAAACUGAGCUGCCUUCUCAAGUAGCCUUGCCUGGGGAAGCAGAGGUUCAUGAGCAUGCAGAACAGUUUGGGAAAGAGCCUACUAAGUGUGUCACAAGCAGCAGAUGUCAAUCUGGUCAUGCUGAUGGGCCAGACAACUUAUGCGUUCCUCUUGCAAAAUCUAUGCGUGGGGAGUCGCAGACUGAGGAGCAAAACUCGGGAGAGGUGUGUGAUUCAGCCCUUGGGGAGCUCCUCAAGCAGCACAGCAGCCACUGGCAGGGGAACAUCUUUGUGAGGGAGUGCCUGGAGCGGGUCAUCCCCGCUGAGCUUUGGGGUUCAAACCAUAACAAGUGCCGGUUCUUAAAAAAUGUGAAAGCGUUCAUUUCCAUGGGGAAGUUUGCUAAGCUUUCGUUGCAGGAGUUGAUGUGGAAGAUGAGAGUGAAUGACUGCAUGUGGCUUCGUCUAGCCAAAGGUGAUCACUUUGUUCCUGCCUAUGAACAUUGUUUCCGUGAAGAACUUCUGGCUAAAUUCCUAUACUGGCUGAUGGAUACCUAUGUUGUUGAGUUGCUGAGAUCAUUUUUCUAUAUCACCGAGACCAUGUUCCAGAAAAACAUGCUUUUCUACUACCGAAAGUUUAUUUGGGGCAAGUUACAGAACAUUGGAAUUAGAAACCAUUUUGCCAAAGUACAUCUACGUGCUUUAUCUUCAGAGGAGAUUGAAGCUGUCCGUCAAAAAAAUUAUGUUCCUAUGGCAUCAAAGCUCCGGUUCAUUCCCAAAGCGAAUGGGUUAAGACCCAUAGUAAAAGUGAGCGGUGUUGUUGAAGCACGAGCAUUCAGCAGGGAAAGCAGAGAAAAGAAGAUGCAUCACUACAACACUCGACUGAAAAAUCUCUUUAGUGUGUUAAAUUAUGAACGGACUAUAAACACCAGUUUUAUCGGCUCUUCAGUGUUUGGGAAAGAUGAUAUAUACAAGACAUGGAAGAAAUUUGUAACAAAGGUUCUUGAAUCAGAUGGUGAAAUUCCUCAUUUCUACUAUGUAAAGGCUGAUGUGUCCAGGGCUUAUGAUACCAUUCCUCACAAUAAACUUGUGGAAGUGAUUUCACGGAUCUUAAACCCUGAGAAAAGAACUGUCUACUGCAUACGGCGCUAUGCCGUGAUUAUGAUUACUACAAGUGGAAAAGCCAGGAGGUUCUAUAGGAGACAUGUUUCUACUUUCAAGGACUUUAUGCCAGACAUGAAGCAGUUUGUGUCCCAGCUUCAGGAGAAUGCCUCAUUACAAAAUGCAAUAAUAGUUGAACAGAGCUUAACUUUUAAUGAGACAAGUUCUAGCCUGUUUACUUUUUUUCUUCAAAUGAUACAUAACAACAUCCUGGAGAUUGGGAGCAGGUACUACUUACAGAGCUGUGGAAUUCCACAGGGCUCCAUUUUGUCAACCUUACUUUGCAGCUUAUGCUAUGGAGACAUGGAAAACAAAUUGCUCUGUGGAGUACAGCAGGAUGGAGUCCUAAUACGUCUCAUUGAUGACUUUUUGCUGGUUACGCCACAUUUAAUGCAGGCAAGAACUUUUCUAAGGACUCUAGCAACAGGUAUUCCCGAGUAUGGCUUUUUAAUAAACCCCAAUAAGACAGUCGUGAAUUUUCCUGUUGAUGAUAUCCCAGGAUGUUCCAAAUUUAAACAGCUGCCAGAUUGUCGUUUGAUCCCGUGGUGUGGUUUAUUAUUAGAUAUACAGACACUUGAGGUUUACUGCGAUUACUCCAGUUAUACCUGUACUUCUAUCAGAUCAAGUCUUUCCUUCAAUUCAAGUAGAACAGCUGGAAAAAACAUGAAAUACAAAUUGAUUACAGUCCUCAAACUGAAAUGCCAUUGUUUAUUUCUUGAUUUACAGAUCAACAGCCUUAGAACAGUUUUCAUUAACAUCUACAAGAUAUUUUUACUUCAGGCUUACAGGUAG